AUGGAAGAUCUAUCUUUCCGUAUCUUUAAUCGAUUUCUGACUAGAGCACCUCAAUCUUCAUGGCAAUAUUCAAAAGAAGAAGAAUUACAUGUUCAUUUCAAAUCGUUUGUCGAAUCAUUUGCAUUUUAUAAUAAAUCUUUACUACUACGUGCUUCUAAAUAUAGUGAUUUUAAUGCAGGACUCGUUAUAUCAUUUAGUUUUAAAGUUGACGUGAAUCCUGAAAUUUCAAUAUUACCUAAUGAUGAUAUUGGCUGUGUUGUUGAUGGUAGUUUAUCAUUAGUUGAUUUUGAAGAAGUUAUUGAUGAUUUUGUUGAUGGUUGUUUAUCAUUUGAAUUUGAAGAAGUUAUUGAUGAUUUUGUUGAUGGUUGUUUAUCAUUUGAAUUUGAAUGUGUAUUUGAUGAUGAUAUUAAAUGUGGAUCAUCAUUUAAAGUUAUUGUUGAUGAUAAUGUUGCAUUUUUUUAUAAUCUAAAUUAUUAA